AUGUCAACCCAACCCCCCAACGCUCAAUCAGCAAACAGAACGACGAACGUCAACAUGGCCGUCGCUCAACCUAAAUCAAAGGCACCCAAAGCUGCUCCAGCUACAAAAGGAAAGAUGCAAAUGCAUAGACGAUCAAGGACAGGUUGCUACACAUGUAGAUUAAGAAGAAAGAAGUGUGAUGAAGGCGCUAGUGCUUGCAGUGCUUGUAAGCAUCUCGGUCUACGAUGUGAAUACAAGAGACCUAGUUGGUGGGGAAACAAUGAGUUGCGCCGCCAGCAAAAAGAGGUUAUCAAGACCAUUAUCAAGAGGAAGAAGCUCACAGAAAAGACAACCGCACCAUCCCAAGCCCAGACACAUCAAGUUAUGUCAUCAAGUAUCGAUACCCCUCCUGGACUUUCACACUCUCUACCUACCUCUGCAACUUACUCCGAUUCCUUGGACCGCACUCGAUCAGAAUCAAUUGAUUCUCAAUUAUCUCUCUUUGAUUUCACUGCACCUCCAAUGACCAUGACUGAUUAUACCGCCUACAAUGCGCAAAUGCACUCAUCACAUUCUCAAUACGCACCGAUGUAUCCUGAAUAUUCACCUUAUGAGAUCGAUGUCAAAACGGAAAGACAAAUGUUCGUCAAUGAUGUUCCCACUCGUCGCGAAUCAACCAUUUCGACCUUUAGCACUUUCCAUCCACCACCACCACCCGAGGCGAUGUUGCCAUCAUUCCCAAUCGAUCACGAAUGGGACACGGUCUACAACGAGCGACAUGAAAUAUUGGCAGAGGAAGCAUUGAACAUGAAUCUUUUCGAUUUCUCACACGGUCCACCAUCAGCACUCCGCCAAGUCGCCAUUGAGUUAGACGAGGGUGAUCAAAGACUCCUCGACCACUUUGUCUCCGACGUUUUACCUUCCGUCUUCCCAAUCCUCGAGACUAAUCAACAUGGUUCCGCACGAUCGGAUUACAUUCUCCCAGCACUCCAGAGCAACAAGUGCUACCUGCACUGCUGUCUUAGCAUUUCUGCUCAACAUUUCAAAUCCACCAUGAACAUUCAAGGUGACCAAAUUGAUAAUGAUAUCAUGCGCCACCGCUAUGCAACAAUCUCCGAGCUUUGCGAAGCUCUCAAUCGCGACACAGAUCACGUAUCAAUAUUGGAAGCCACUCUGGGAAUGAUCUUCUUUCAAUGCUCAGUAGGUCGAUUUGACGACUCUCUACCAGACAUUCCAUGGCAUCAACAUUUCCAAGCUGCCAUCUCUCUUGUUCAGAAACUUGAAUUGCCUCGUUUAGUCACCGAAUCGCAUGAUUUGAUGUCCUUCAACAUGACUUUGACUGCUUGGAUUGAUAUCCUCGGUUCCACCAUCCAAGGCCGCGCACCAACGUUUGCUCACACUUACAGAGAAAAGCAUUUGUCGCAAACCAACUCAUCUCUUGGGUUGAGAGAGCUCAUGGGCUGUGAAGAUCGCGUUUUGUAUCUUAUCUCCGAAAUUGCUUGCUUAGAGGCUCUCAAGAAUGAUGGCAUGGAUGAUAUUCAACUUUGCCAUCAUGUGCAUGCCCUAGGCGACCAAAUCGGUCUCACAGAGAUUGGCGAAAGUGGACCCAGAUAUCCAUACAGUCAUGGAGUAUUGAGCCCAAAGCAAUUGAGCCGAAACAUGACCGCGGCUUUCCGUCUCGCGGCUCGCAUUUACCUUUGCAGUCUCGUCCCUGGUUUUUCGCCCAGUCAAGAUAGCUGUGUCGGUUUGGUUGCAAAGCUUACCCAAGCUCUUGAAUUCAUUCCAGCUGGACCAAUGGGUUUCGACCGCAGUCUCGUGUGGGUCUACCUCAUUGGAGGUUCUGUCAGCACCGCCAACUCUCCCUUCCGUCAACACUUUGGCGAGCGCUUCGCUGCUCUUGGUGAUCUCGCCAAUCACGGAAGCUUCGGUCGUGUAUCUACACUUCUCACGGAAGUUUGGGGCCAUGUUGAUGGUCGCUUCAGUCCUGGUGGUGGUGAAGCACACUAUGUCUCCUGGAGAGAUGUAAUGCAGAUGAAGGGCUGGGAUUUCUUGUUGAUCUAG